AUGAGCGAAGAUGGGGCGAGCCGCGGCGGCAGCAAGGCCGAGGAUCAGCCCGACGGCGGCGCCGGCAGCGCCAGCGGCGACGAUGCCGCCGGCGGCAGCGAUGGCAGCGGCGACGGCGGCGGUAGCAGCGACAGCGGCAGCAGCGUCAGCAGCGAGGAUAGCCCGGAGUCGAGCGAAGAGGUCAGCAGCGCCAGCAGCAGCAGCAGCAGUGACGACGAGGACGACGAGGACUUUGGCGCCAAGAGGGCGCCCCGCCGCUCCUCCGGCGGCGGCCGCGCUGCGGCCCCCAAGCCCAAGCGGCCGCUGGCGAAUCAGAAGCAGGCGCCGAAGAAAGACAGGGUGAAUCCCAGGCCGCCGCUCAAGCCCGCGAGCGCCAAGGCAGACAGGGGCAGGCCCAGGCCGCCCGACAAGCCGGCGCCCAAGGCCGCCAAGCCGCCGCCGGGCGCGGCGCGGCCGCAGCGCACAUCCGCGGCCGGCGGCAGCGCCCCCGCCAGCAAGCGCAGCACGCCCGCGCCGCGCGCGGCCGCCGCCGCGGCCGCGGCCGCGGCCCCUCUGGUUGACGACGCAGGCGAGGACGCCUGGCCAUCCGGGCCGCUGCCGCCGGCGCCGCGGACAGUGACGAUCGCGCGGCGCCGGGGGCCGCCGGUCGUCGUGCCCGCGGGCGCUUUCGGCGACAUCGUGGGCGCCUACAACAUCCUGCGCGUAUUCACGUGGCAGCUGCGGCUGAGCCCCUUCAACAUCGAGCCGCGUCCCGCAGCCCACGCCCGGCGAUAA